UACUCCAGUGUUUUGCUAAUCUGCACUCCUUCCAUCAAUAAAUAAAAAAAAGAUCGAUGCAUGAUGCUGCACUUGAUUUGAUAUUUCAAUGCUGCCAAUCCUUUGAUAUAUAUUUUUUGAUGACUUAAAGAAUUAGUUUUUUCCCGAAAAAACUCUCGACUGAUGAUAAAAAGCACUCAGUGGCUGGGCUGACUGUAAGGGGCCUCUACCCAAGAUAUAUGAAAAUAUGGGUUCACCGUUAUUCAAAACCUCCAAAGAAAAAGUUCAAUACGCAAAAUUGAAAUGAAUUGCAUGAAAAUUAAGUAUGAAAUGGAAAAAUUGGAUGCCGAAAUUGUCGAUUACUCCUAUAUUGCACUUAAUUAUCUGUAAAUUUACGUAUAAAGUUAACUUCAUAAGUUAAACGAUAAGAUAGAUAACGUUCUUCUUCUGAUGCGCUAUAACAUAUAUUAUAUAUGAGGCACGUAUAAAUUUCGAUGUGUAAUACAAUAGGUGUCUUAAUACCGCCGUUAGGGUAACUUAAAUUGUUAACUUCGUUGAGUCGGCUAAGUUGCUGAUGCUGCGCUGGACAAACCUUUUCCUUUCCAUUGAUAGAUAAUUAAGUAAGUAUACAUGCACACGCGUUAUACAGUUAACACACGCGAUCUUAUCAAGUUACCAGCGGUACUCUAUACUUGUCGUUCGAGCUGGUGUCAUCGAUUUUUUUUCUCAUCACAAUUUAUUAAUCAUUUCUUUUCGUGAGUUUUUCCGUAUCAAGUGUUAAAUGAGUAAGCUCUUGGAAAAUCCAAACCCUAAGAUAUAUCCAAAGUUAGAGGAGAAAUUAGGAACAGAUGAGAAAUCUGAAAAUGUAGCUCGGAAUCCCGACGUGUACGAUGCUCGAAGUAUCUUUGAAUUGUUGAGGAACAUCACUGAUCCUGAACACCCGCUUACUUUGGAACAGCUGAAUGUCGUUGAGCAGAGUUUAAUCGAAGUAAACAAUGAAAAUAAUGAAAUCAAUGUUCAGUUCACACCAACCAUCCCACAUUGCAGUAUGGCAACGCUCAUUGGUUUAUCAAUCAGGACACAACUCUUGAGGACAAUCCCAGCCAAGUUCAAGGUUAGUGUCACGAUCACUCCAGGUACACAUGUUGCAGAGACAGCUGUUAAUAAACAGCUAGCGGAUAAAGAGAGAGUUGCAGCAGCUCUUGAAAACAAAUAUCUUUUGACUGUCAUAGAACAAUGCUUAGAAAGUACUGUAGCAGAGGAUUCAGAUCCAGAAAAAGAUGAUGAUUGCCAGACAUGUGAAUCAUAGUUACCCUUGUUUUGAAUACAAUGCGUUAAUCUAGUUUGUAUAAAAUAUUUUAAUACAGUUAAAAUUCACGUGAUUUAAAUAAUGGUUAACUAGGAUAAUGUAUAAGUAUCCUCAAUUAAAUUCAUUGGAGGAUUUGAUUACCCUAAUGGUAAUAAUAAUAAUAAUAAAAAUGAUCUGUUAACACAUGUAUGCAUUUUGUUCAAGUUCAACAUUAGCACGUAAUAUGCUUCUUUAUUCUUUUAAACUAUGAUGUAUGAUAAAAAUAUGGCUAUUCUUAAUACAAAAUAAAAGUUUUUGU